AUGAAAAUAUUUUGUUUGAAUCCUAAAACGCCUUCGUUUUCAAUAUAUCACAACAGAUCACCAUCCUCAACUGCAAAUUCAUCCACAACCACAACACCUUCUAUUAGAAAAGCCAUAGCACGCAUAGAAGCAGCAGAAGCGCUUAUAUCAAAAUGGAACUCCGAAACUUCAGAUUAUGCCAAAUUAACUUCUCUUUUCUACGAAAACAAAAACGAAGCGUUUCAAUACAUUCGCCGUGUUAACCACCUGCAAAGAGCCAUGCAUUCGUUACUCAAACUAGAGCCUUCGUCGCCAAAACUCAUUCACGCACAAAACCUAAUGCAAAUCGCCAUGAAGAGGCUCCAGAAAGAGUUCUACCAGAUAUUAUCCAUGAACCAGGCUCACCUUGAUUCCGAAUCCGUGUCCGUUAAAUCCUCUGACACUUCCUUCGGUUCUUACGACGACGGAACAGACGAAAAAGAUAUUGGAGCUGCAGAGGAUCGUAUCUCCGAAGUCGAAUGCGUUUCAUCUGACGUGGUUGAUGACUUGAGAAUUAUUGCUGAUUGUAUGGUUUCUAACGGUUACGGAAAAGAAUGUGUAAAGGUUUACGUUAAAGUGAGAAAAUCAAUUAUUGAUGAAGGCAUUUAUAAACUCAACGUGGAGGAAAGAAGCUUCUCAAACGUGAAUAAGAUGGACUGGGAAGUUCUUGAGAGGAAAAUCAAGAGUUGGUUAGAGGCGGUUAGGAUUUCAGUGAAAACACUCUUCGUCGGAGAGAGAAACAUCUGCGAUCGGAUUUUCGCUUCUAGUACUAUCAGAGAAGCUUGCUUUGGUAAGAUUUCAAGAGAUGGAGCUACUCUUCUGUUCCGAUUUCCUGAAUUCGUUGCUAAGUCAAGGAGAUCGGUGCCGGAGAUGAUUUUCCGAAUGCUCGACAUGUAUGAUGCAAUCACCGUGCUGUUGCCGGAGAUUGAAUCGAUCUUCUCGUUUAAUUCAACCGCUGCUGUUAAAUCUCAAGCAUACAAUUCACAACAUCGACUCAUCGAGUCAGUAAAGAAUAUUCUCUCGGAAUAUGAACACCUAAUCCUGAAGAACUGUUCCAAAUUGGCUGCGAAUUUCGGUGGAGUUCACUCGCUGACGACUCGAACAAUGCAGUACCUCACUAAACUUGCAGAUUACAACCACGUGCUUUCUGAAAUUUUCUUGGACAUUCGUUCACCAUUGACGUCAGCAUUGCCAGAAUCCUACUUAUACAGUCUAGAAUUAGACAACAGCACGACGGAUAUUGCGACGGGAUUUUCUGUUCAAAUGACGCGGCUGUUUGAAGUUCUUCUUUCCGAAAUUGAAGGAAUGUCAAAGCAAUGUAAGGAUGUAUCGUUGUCUUAUCUAUUUCUUGCGAACAAUCUCUGGCACGUAGUGGAAAAGGUCCGUGCGUCGAAUUUACAAGACGUUCUUGGGGACGAUUGGUUGUUGAGGCACAUAGCAAAGGUGAAACGGUUGAUGGAGAACUACGAGAGAGUAGCGUGGGAUGGGAUUUUUUCGUCAUUGCCGGAAAAUCCAACGCUAUCGAUGUCAGUGGCGGAGGCGAGGGGAACGUUCAUGAAAUUCAGUCUGGAAUUCGAGAAAGCUUAUCAGAAACAGAAUUCAUUUGUCGGGCCGGAAUCGGAUUUUCGCAAAGAGAUAAAAGCUUCUCUAGCGAAGAAAAUUGUCCCUGUUUAUCGCGACUUGUGUGAUACACAUAAGACUAUGGCAGGAAGACCCGAGAAUGAAAUGAAUGAAUAUGUCACUCUUACUCCUGAAGAUGUUCAGAACUGCCUGGGGAAUCUCUUCUCUGGUGGAAAAGUUUAG